UUUUCAAAAAAAAAAUUUUGUCACAGGUCUGCCUCAGUCUGAGGGUAAGUCUGUUAUUCUUACUAUCGUGGACAUAUUUUCUAAGAUGGUUCAUCUUGUGGCUCUGAACAAACUCCCAUCUUCCAAGGAACUAAGUCAAAUCUUCAUGAAAGAGGUCUUCAGAUUACAUGGAUUACCCAAAGACAUCGUUUCAGAUCGUGGGCCACUGUUUGUAUCUAAGUUUUGGAGGGAGUUUUGUUCUGCUAUGGAAAUAACAUUAAGUCUGUCCUCAGGUUUCCAUCCUCAGACUGAUGGCCAGACGGAGAGGGCUAACCAGGAGUUGGAAACCCACCUGCGCAUACUGUGUGAAGACAAUCCCUCCAAAUGGGUAGAGUACCUCCCUCUGGUCGAGCACGCCCUCAACACCCUUCCAGCUAGUGCUACUAGUCUCUCUCCUUUCUACGUGGUUCAUGGAUUCCAGCCACCGGUGUUCAGUAUUCAGGACCGUGAAGCCCAGGUGCCAUCUGCAUACCAAGCCGCCCUCAGAUGCCAGAGAGUAUGGCGAAAAGCCAGAAAGGAAUUACUCAAGACCUCCAUUGUCACCACCAGAACAGCCAAUCGAUGAAGGAUCCCGGCUCCACACUACCAAGAAGGUCAGAGUGUCUGGCUUUCAACUAAAGGGGGUCAAAUGUAGGAAGCCGGCACCUCGCUUCGUGGGACCAUUCCCCAUAGCCAAGGUUGUUAACCCAGUGGCUGUGAAACUGAAGCUUCCUAGAUCCAUGAGAGUUCACCCGACCAUUCAUGUGUCCCGGGUCAAACCUGUUCUCCAAUCCAGAUUUGAGCACCCCUCCAGGCCCUUUCCUCCCACCCAACUCAUCGAUGGUGGUCCAGCCUACACAGUUCGACGCAUCCUCAAGUCUCGUCAUUGGGGUAGUGGCAUCCAGUAUUUGAUUGACUGGGAAUGUUAUGGACCUGAGGAACGUUCAUGGGUUCCAGCACGCCAUGUCUUGGACAAGGAAUUAAUUAAGCAGUUUCACAAAGACCACCCUGACCAACCUAGUUUCUGCCAGAGGUCCGUCAGGAGCUGGACCUUAAGUGGGGGGCUCUGUUAUGUUUUACAACCACAGUCUAGCUCUGCUCCUGUUCCUCCUCCUCUCACACUUUCUCAGCAGCUCCACCCUCUCAGUAAUCAGCUCAUUGUACUCACCUGCUCCAUUCUGUAUUUAGCUCAGUCACUAUCCACAGUUCCUUGCCAGAUUGUCAUUUGCCUUGUCAGUGAUUUUCCAGCGUUCUU